CACACUAACCCAAAUUGUAUUGUAUUGGUACCUAGUAUACUGUGCCACAUGUAUCGCGUUGCAUUCACUAUAUUGCUAGUUUUUGCUUACUGUUUAGUAUACAACCGGCAGCCGCAGCUUGUCGUUUGCUCCCGAGCUGAUAAGAAAGCGAUUUAACAUAUUCUUGCAAUCGAUCUGCUCAAUUUAUUUGCAAAAUCAUUCCUGAAAUAACAUGCAAACUAGUGCUGCGCUCCGUCCAGUUGAUCAGUGUCGUCAUCGUUUUCGAUGUCUGCACUGCUCGGACACCAACAUAUUCUGCGAUUGUUAUGCAAACUGCCACAAAGAUCACCCGAGGCAACCCCUUGUUACCGAUGAAUAUCUGCUCAACCAGUACGGAUCCAAAAGCGACUAUGCGGAAUACUCGGAGAUCAGCGUGUUCAACUGUCCGUACUGCGAUAAGCAGAAGCUGAGCGUCGGGACGCUUUACGAUCACAUCACGCUCGAGCACUUGGACGUUCCCUUCGACGUGCGCUGCCCGAUCUGCGUGUGCUUCGGAUCGAACAAUUCGUUGAUCAAAAACAUCCACCUGUCCAAGCACAUAGUGGACGAUCACAGCGUUACCAUGGAGCAAUACCACGAACAGAUACUGAUCUACGAUACGCACUGCAACGACGAACGCGAGCUGCUCAUAUUUCUGGCGUCCACGCUGCCUCCGACCUACCACGCCGGCGGCGAAGAAUAUGAAAUAGAACCGGAGAUCGCAGCAGCCCGAUCGACGCCGCAGACGCAUCAGGUGGCUUCAUCGAAUGCCCCCCGCACAAUUGCCAGUACCUGUUCGAUUUGUUUGGAUAUGAUAGUAUCAGCCCGGGUGCUACCCUGCCAGCACAGAUUCCACGCGGCUUGCAUCGAACUAUGGAUGCGGCAGAGUGCCACUUGUCCGGUUUGCAGGAAACCUACAUAGACAGGAAUUAAGAUGGUUACAUCGUUACAUUUUAUUUUCCGUGUGAUUGCUGAUUCCGGGUAUACAAUCAAUUAUGUAACAAUGUAGAAAAGUGAUGAAUUUAAAAGUUUUAUUACAACUUUA